CAGGUAGGCAGAGUACACUGCACAAUGGAGAAGCAACUGGUCUCGCUGUCCGCACUCGUGGUGGCGUUCCUCUGCCUCACGCCCGACGUGCACGCACAGACGACGACACAGAUCCUGUUCCAGGGGUUCAACUGGGAAUCCUGGAACAAACAGGGCGGCUGGUACAACGCGCUUAAGGGCCAGGUGGCCGACAUCGCCGCGACGGGGACCACGCACGUCUGGCUCCCGCCGCCGUCGCACUCGGUGGCGCCGCAGGGGUACAUGCCGGGCCGGCUCUACGACCUGAACGCCUCCAGGUACGGCACCCGGGCGGAGCUGAGGUCGCUCAUCGCCGCCUUCCACGCCAGGGGCGUCAAGUGCGUCGCGGACGUCGUCAUCAACCAUCGUAGCGCCGAUUACAAGGACCGCCGCGGCGUCUACUGCAUCUUCCGGGGCGGCGGACCCCCGGGGCGCCUGGACUGGGGGCCCGGCAUGAUCUGCCGCGACGACACCAGGUACUCCGACGGCACGGGCCACCCGGACACGGGCGCCGACUUCGCCGCGGCGCCCGAUAUCGACCACCUCAACCCGCGCGUGCAUCGGGAGCUCUCCGAGUGGCUCAUCUGGCUCCAGAAGGGCGUCGGGUUCGACGGGUGGCGCCUCGACUUCGCCAAGGGGUACUCGCCGGCCGUCGCGAGGGCGUACGUCCGGAACGCGAGGCCGGGCUUCGUGGUCGCGGAGAUAUGGAACUCCCUGAGCUACGACGGCGACGGCAAGCCGGCGGCCAGCCAGGACGACAAGCGGCGGGAGCUGGUGAGCUGGGUGAAGGAGGUGGGCGGCCCGGCGGUCACGGCGUUCGACUUCCCCACCAAGGGCGUCCUGCAGGCCGCGGUGCAGGGCGAGCUGUGGCGGAUGCGGGACAAGGACGGCAGGGCGCCCGGGAUGAUCGGGUGGCUGCCGGAGAAGGCGGUCACGUUCGUGGACAACCACGACACGGGGUCCACGCAGAGGAUGUGGCCGUUCCUGGCGGACAAGGUCAUGCAGGGCUACGCUUACAUCCUCACGCACCCAGGGAUCCCCUGCAUCUUUUACGAUCACGUGUUCGACUGGAACCUGAAGCGAGAGAUCACGGCGCUGGCGGCGGUGCGGCGGCGAAACGGGAUCAAAGCCGGGAGCAAGCUGCGGAUCCUGGCGGCGGAGAGCGACCUGUACGUCGCGAUGGUCGACGAGAGAGUCAUCGCCAAGAUUGGGCCGCGGUUCGACGUGGGCGGCGUCAUCCCGCCGGGCUUCAAAAUCGCCGCCCACGGUGAUGGCUACUGCGUCUGGGAGAAGAGCCGUAGGUAGUCUCUCAGACCGCCCGCCGGCUCUAGCACUAGUACUCGGGACAUCCAGAUCCAGUACUAGGUAGGAUGUCAGGCCUAGUUACUUGUUUUAAGCGUGGAAUGUUUUUCUUUCCACAGAAGCCGACGAGUUAAC